CCGAGCGCCGGUUUGUCUGCUCCGUCCUCGCGCGGGAGCGGCGGGGAUGGAGCUGGGGACCGGGCAGUUCGCGCAGAGCCUGCCCCACCUGCGGGCGCUGGUCUUGGGCUGCGACUUCCUGGGGUUCGAUAUGGAAUUCACAGGUUUACAUUCAGUCUUUCCACAAGGCAAGCAGCCCAGUCUCUUCGAUUCACCUGCUGAGUGGUAUCUGAAGGCCAGACGGAGUGUUCAGAAGUUCACGGUCAAUCAGCUCGGGUUGUCUAUAUUUUCAAAUGAAAAAUCAAACAAGUAUGUUGCACGCUGCUAUAACUUCUUCCUCUUCCCCACAACAUUUGGAGUCAUGGACUCUGAAUUCUCUUUCCAGGCGUCUAGCAUUCAGUUCCUGACACAUUACGGUUUUGACUAUAAUAAGUUUCUGAAAGAUGGAAUCCCAUAUAUGAAUCAGGUUCAGGAGAAGAAACUUCAGCAAGGGCUCUUAGCUGGAAACUGGAAAGUUCGCAGCACUUUGGACAAGGAUAACGUGAAAAAGGUGAUUGAUGAUGUGACAUGCUGGGUGCCAUCAGCAGAAGAGGGAGACUCUAUGGUUCUACAUAAUAUUAGUGGUUUUCAGCUAUUUGAGGUACAGCUGAUUCUGAGACAGGCAAUUCCAGAUGUUUGGACAGAGCCUUUUGGAGAUCAGAAGGUGAUGGUGAAAAAGGUGAGUCCACGGCAUCGCUGGUGUCUGGAGAACUCUUCUUACGACUGCUGCCGAAAGGAGCUCAUUCUUCUCUCUGCCCGGGGUUUCACCAACCUUUUCCAGACCCUUGUUGAAGCCAAGAAGCCAGUGGUGGGACACAACAUGCUCAUGGACCUUCUGCAUCUUCAUGACAAGUUUUACAAGCCCCUCCCAGAAAGCUAUGAGGAGUUUAAAAGGAAUAUUCACAGCCUGUUUCCUGUCCUCAUAGACACCAAGAAUGUAACAAAAUCCAUCUGGAAGGAAUUUCAGUUUCCACGAGCAUCUAACCUCCUAGAAAUUUAUGAAAUCCUGUGCAGUGACCUAAAUCCCACCAACCCCACGUGUCCGGUGAUUGCCCAUGCAAGUGACUGUUCAAAAUAUGCUGACAAGAAAUCUCCCCAUGAGGCGGCCUAUGAUGCAUUUCUUUGUGGAUCAGUUCUUUUGAAAUUAGCCCACUUGCUCCUAGGCAGGAUGCCAUGUGACACGCUGGAGAAUGGUCCCUCUUUCUCUCAAUAUCUCAAUGCAUUAACCAAGUACCUGAACCAAGUGAAUCUGAUCCGAGCUGGCGUUUCAAAAAUCAAUUUCUCUGGCACAGAUGUCCCUAGCCAACGUCCACCUCUUCUGAUUGCCAGUGUUCGGGGGUGGCCUGGGGUGGAUGAAGAACAGAUCUAUCAAAUAUUAAAAGCUCUGUGCAAGUUUGAUGUCAGACGACUGACCGAGAACCAAUUUCUGUUGCUCUCCAAUAAGUUUAAGGAUGUCAGGGUUGUUCUGCGAGAUUAUAAAGCUCACCCCAAUCUGCGGAUUUCACUCUAUCACCACUGGAGACACUCACCACAAGUGAACUGCUUGCUACAAAUUUGUGGGAUUGUGGCAUCAUGGUCUCUUUUGGCCUUUGUGUUUGGAGGACCUCAAUGCUGGCUGUUUAUCUGUAUGAGCAAAGAAGACCAGGAAAGUUGCUGGGUGUGUUAGAGGUUCUAAAUCUCCUCUCCAGGUGUGGAUGCAGCAUGUGAAGAGGAUAGGAAGCUUUUCAAUGCUUACAUCUUUGUGAACAGAGGAAGUACCUUUCAGUGUUAAACGUUCACAAACAUUUAAAGAGGGUGAAGAAAAUAAAAACAUUUCUUCCACUAGAUUGGGUUGGGAGCUAUUUUACCAUGACACUCGGAAGUCCUAAUGCAAGCAAAGAUAUGUGUGUUUGGCUCAGUGUCUCUUUUUCAAUUGUUAAGUAAAAAAAAGAGGUGUGACACACUGUACCUCAAAAUUGCACCCUGUAACUCCCAUAUUCAUCAUUCAAAUAUGGUUGUGAUAUUUCAUACAAAGCAUGCCAUGAAAGAUAUUUUAUGAAAGGUCAUGAUCUGCUGAAACCCAUUGUUUUGUUCAAAUAUGUAUAUCAUUAGUGUUUAUGAAGUUUUGAGAUUUUGCUGUAUAGUUGUUACUGAAAUACAUUGUAACUUUGAGUCACUACUGCUAAUCUCUCCCAGGAGGGUGUUAAAUAACCAUUAAUCAGCAGGGGAGUUGUGAUCAAGGGAUUUACAAUUCAGUGACAGUCCUGCAAGCACCACACAAUGGAGAUUGCUCAAUUCUAUGGCUCAGUUGCACAAGACCACCAGAGGCGUUGCUCAACCCUGUGACUCAGCAAAACCCACCAGGGAUGCCUGGGCUAGUGUCUUCCAGCCACAUGGACUGAGGAUAUAAAAUAGGAGACAGUGGGAUCAUGCUUUUGCCUUUCUCCUCCCCCACCUACCCUGGAAGCAACAAGAACACAGAAAGACAGAAGACUUCAACUGAGGAGACUGGUCCAGGUUUAAGGGAGAAACCUGUGUACUAUGAACUGUAAUAUCCAGUGGGUUGAGAAAAUUGUUUGAUCUAAAUACUGACUCAUUUAAUAAGGUUUAAGAUGUAGAUUGUGUGCUUAUCUUUUAUUUUCUUUGGUAACCAUUGCUGACCCUUUUAGGCCUUCCACUUAUAAUCACUUAAAAUGUAUCUUU